AUGACGGCGUCGGCGUCUCCCAACAAAAAGCCGCUGGUGACCAUUCUGGAAGACCAGUCGAAGCCCGUUCCGAAAACCAUGGUGGAAGCGCUCGAGAGUGACGACCCCGAGGCCGCUCUGCGUGCACUGUCCCUAGCCGCCCGUCACCAGGCCGUCGUGUUGACCCAGACUCUGGAACGCGACUUGUCUGGCUUCCUUACGGAACUUCCGGAACUCUUGACGUUGGGAGAAUCGCAUCCCGUACACAAUACUACGGCUUGUGCGGAUUCCAUUCAUCAUUCCUUGACCAAGAUUGCUUCGGGCGGAUCGGCAGCUUCGCGAGAAAUUCGGCUACUCGAGCAGGAAAAGGCCGAAUUCGACGCGCACGCGGCAGCCGUACAUCUCGCUCUCACCUUGCGUACGAAUUCCGAUCGGGCAGCCCGUGCCUUGCAGUCGCAACAGUACGAACAGGUUGCCCAGGCCAUUACGCCUUGGCUAGCCUGGCACCAACAACAACAACAAGCUCCACCACCAGGUACCGAUCCUCGUGCGACACACUCCGAAAACGACGAUCCCGCAAUGGAUCCUCGUGUACGGGCGUACGCCGGAGAAUACUCUCUACAACAGCUCAGCACAACGUACGAAACGACCAAAAUCAUACUCUUGCAGAAUUAUGAACACGCGGUGCAACAAGGGGACUUGCAGGCCCUCGGAAAGUACACACCUAUACUCAGUUCCUUACAACUCGAGUCCGAGGCUGUCCGACUCUAUUUGCAGUUUCUCAAGUCUUUGUUGCAAUCCUCCAUUCGGCAAGCUCUCGAUCCAACGCACAGUCAGUCGCAGAAUUCCAACGGGCCGUCCAACACUGUACCACCCUACGUCCCCAUGGCCAAGGUAUACAACGCUGCGGUACACGUCUUGCGCCACCACUUGCCCAUGGUUUCAUCCUACUUGUACAAGGCCCAAGGCGACGUGGCCGUUGUGCAGUUGGUACACGUCCAAGUGGAAGAAACCGUCUUGCCCAUGCUGGAACGCUUCCAAAAAUCGAGGGAUUUAGCCUCGGUCAGCACGCAAGCACAGCGCAUCGCCGCCGACUUGGAAGAACGCUACACGGGGCGGACAGCCGUCGAUGCACACGACGCAGCGGCGGAAGCCGACGAUGCCGGCUUUGGUGCCCUCGUGGGAUCCCUCACGGACGUGGACGCAACUAUGCAGGAAGUCGCGACCUGCUUGCAGCACGUCGAAUCCUAUUUGCGCUUUGUUCAGCAUACCUGUGAUCAAGUACAAAAGGCCCGCACUAUGCGACACGAACAAUCGUUCUCACGCGAAUGGGAGAACGACGGUACGCCCGUAGACUUGAUGGAAACAAUUGAAAUUCUGCCAACCCGCACCAAUUUGCAUCUGGCCCUAGCCGAAGUGGGUGGGCAGUAUGCGAGUAUCGAACGCUGCUUGUUGAUGGCUAGUAUGCAACGUGCCUUUCACGCCAGCGAGGACGACCCGCGAUACUAUCGACCCUUGGGCAUGGCUUCCGGUGGCACCAACCACGGGAAUGGCAAUUCUUCCUUUCCGUCGAAAGCGCUACAAACGGCCUUGGUGGAGACUUGCCUGUACGCUACUCGACGAGGUACCCAACGUGCUUUCGCCACGGGACACACCGGAACAGCGUCGGCCAUGACCAACUUUGGCGUGGAUUGCCUCUUGGUCUUAUUGGAAGUGUUAUCGCAACGAGCGGAAGAGGCGGGAGUUGCGGUACUCAAGCCCGGUGACGGACUCCUGGCGGGUUCGGGCGGUAUUUUCAACGCACACACGUUGUUGCGCCAAGGAACGCAAGUCAGUCACGCCGUAGUCAACGCUGGUGUGACGACUAGUGCACACAAGAAGAAAAGCACGGCCGCAGCGGACGAUCUCCAACAGAAGCAGGAAGUGGAGCGAGGGAUUGCCCGGGCCUGUGCCAUGUUGAACGAUUUGGAAGUGGCGGUUGGGCACGUAGACCAACUCGAAAGCGUCUUAAGUGAGGCCAUCGCCAAGGGAUUUCCUCCGAACACACACGACACGGAGCAGUUGCAGCUUUGUGUAAAAUCGUUGGGUACCGUGACGGAACGCUUCCGCAUGGCGUCCGACGGAACUGUAGAAAAUCUCGAAUCGGUUUUGAAAACGCGUAUCCGCGCAAUCGUUGGAGACGCCGUUGGUGGUAGUGGCGAAAGCUCCGGAUUCAUGGGUGUGGGAUCCAAGUCCACAGACAAGGUGACCAUGCGAAUGAAUUACAAUUUAGACGAAGACGCUUACAAUUUGGCACAACUGGGAGAGAGUUACGUUUCCCGUCUGUGUGUCCUACUGGACGAGCUUUUGGAACCGUUGCGUAUUCACUUAGCGCCACGUCUGUGGGAUGCGCUACUCUUUCAAGUCAUGGGUACAGCGGCCAAGCGCUUGGAAACGUACCUGCGUAAAUGCCCCCUGACGGCCUUGGGUGCCUUCUUGUUGGAUGCCGAUGUGCGCGAUUUGGUUUCGUACACAAAAUCGCGUUUGAGCGACGACACGGCGUCUUCUAAUGUGGGCUUGACUAAAUCCUGUCCGGCCUUGGCGCGCUUGAUCCAGAUCGCGAAACUUGUCUGUGUGGACGAUUUGGACGACGUGGUGGAUUUGGUUUCGGCCAGCAAACGCAAAGGACUGUGGGAUUUGAAACUAGACGACACGAAAGCCUUUUUGUGUUUGCGCGUGGAGUUUGAAGACGAACAUGUACACGAAUUGUUGCGACUACCCGACGAGGCCUAA